AUGGCGUCUCUUGGCCCGAACGAUGUGACGAUGGCCAGCGACAUGGAAGAGCAAUAUCAGGAGCAGCAAGAAGGGGAUGGAGAGACAAUGAAGACAGCUGAGGAGAAUGCAAGCGUCGAGAGCACGACCACGACAGUUGAAGAGAUUACGACAUUUGAAGAGACGCCUACGAUCACGACAGUUGAAGAGCCUCAAAUUUCAGAGGUUUUUGUAUCGACGGAUAGUAUCAGUGCAGUGGCAAUGGAAGAGAUCGCUGAGACAAUUGCAGCGAGGGACAGUGUUAAUGUGGACAUGGACUACUCAGUAGCUGCAACUCUGGGUAGUUCUAUGGACGGAGAGAGUGUGAGGACGGAGGAUUUUGCUGAAGAAGAAGUUUUUAUUGAGGAGGAAUGCAGUAAAAAUGCUGAAGUGGAUUUUACUGAAUUGGCUGAAUUGGCUGAAUUGGCUGCUGCAGAUGAAGCUAUUGAGGCAGCAAAGACUCAGUACAGCAGUGAUAAAGGUACGGAGACGACAGAAGAUUUGAAGCAAGUUUAUGCCACAAAAAAGAUACAAGAUAUUAAGGAGAUAUCAGCUGAGACAGAGGUAGAAAUGGGCAUCUCUGUUGAACCUGCGCUGGAAGGUUUAGUCGACGUGGACAACGUUUUGAGCCUUGGUGACAUGUGUAAUUCGUCAAAUGUAGAUGGUAUGGAGACGACGGAUGCAUUGACGAGAAAUGAGACGUUGAAAAGCGCUGAAGUAGCAAAUAAUUUGGAAAGGGAUAGUACUUUACAUCGAGACGUUUCUGCUGAUGCUGCGUCCCCGAAUCUGGUCGCUCAAGAAACGUUUGUUGUCGUGACCACGAAGUCCGAGUCUACCGAUGCGGUUGAUCCAGUCCUUGAGGAAGCCGCCCAGGAAGUGGUGAUCACGGACACCAAGGCUGCAGCUGAGGGUAUAGAAUGUGUGACUGCAGUUGCUACUGAUACGACUACUGACAGUUGUGAAGCAGAAACGUCCGAGAUAAUCUUGACAGAUUUGUCAUCUGAGCCGAGUAAUGGUUUUCACGCUCCAGCUGACUCACCUGAAUCAGCAUCACGUAUCCCGGAGACGCAACUACGGAGUCUGAUUGCUAUUGAUACGACAACUGACAGUUGUGAAGCAGAAACGUCCGAGGCAAUCUUGACAGAUUUGUCAUCUGAGCCGAGUAAUGGUUUUCACGCUCCAGCUAACUCACCUGAAUUAGCUUUAAGCAUACCCAACACAGCAGCUGUGGAGCCCGUUCAUGAAGCUGACAUCUCAGAGAAGGUGCCGCCAAAGAGGUUUUCGUCGAUGUUGACGCGUUUUGCUGAAAAAAUUACUUUGAAGACGGGACCCCACCGUACCGACUCGGCGGCGAAGUUGGAGCUGAACUCACCGGCACCUGUUGAAAACAUCGUACAUCAUCUCGAAGAGCACGAGUCGGUAUCACCACAAACGCAUCGUACUCCAUCAGCUGCUAAACUGGAUCUAAGCGGCUCAUCGCCGGUAAAGAAUGUGGUGGACCGCUUUGAAGCCCAUCAGAAUGAGAAUAACGCUUUGGAUAGCCUCAAGAUCCGAACGAAACGUGACUUCUUUUCAGAAAAGGGACGUAGCAUUUCCGUCAGCCAUGAGAAGGAAAAAUAUAAUACUCAGACGGCUCAACGCGCCAAGAAAGAAGCUGAAGCAAAGGAGCAACUAAAGUCACCUGCUAAGAAGCAUAGUCCAGUUCACCGAAAGAGCUCCGCGAUGUCAAGCGUACGGAAUAUGGCAAGUCGUUUCGAGAAGAAGGCAGACCAAUCGUUGGAUAAUCUUUCUUUCCGCACAGUGCGUAGCUUUUUUCCAACUGAAAAGAGCAUUCACGUUGGUGCGGAAAAGAUGAAGUACGAGGCGCUGGAAAAAGAAAACCAAUCAGCCAAGGAAGCCGAAGAAAAUUUUGUUAAGCAUGGGUAUCAUGAACAGCGAACCAGCAGCGAUGUGGCAACUAUUUUGACAGACAAAAAGGAGCCUGCCGCUGAGAAGUUUGGUGGAGAAGAUGCUGUUGCACAGGUAACACCGUCAACGGAUGACAUGCCAAGCACCCCAACUAAAUCCAACGAGACGGCUACCCUCAAAGCCGACCGCACCCCCGAGCCGUAUCCUCGUCGGCAUACUGUUAGUACUAAAUCGGAUAGUCCCAAUGUUCGAGGCAUCGCGUAUCGUUUUGAAACAAAGCGCGCAAAUUCAGUUGUUUCCACUCCCGUGCGGACCAUUGACACUUUCAUCGUUCCCAAAAGCGAAGCGAGCGUGUGUGUGUCCGCGGAAACGGCGAAGUUUGAGACACCAGAAAAGCAAGUAAGAUCCGGCAAGCGGACAAUCGACGAUUUUCUCGUCCCCGAGAGCGAAGCAAGUGUUCGUGUGUCAGCUGAGAAGGAAAAGUUUGAGAAGCCAGUCAAGCAAGUCAAAGCGACCGUGCGCACCAUUGACACUUUCAUUGUGCCAGACAAUGAGGCAAGCGUUCGUGUGUCCGCGGAAAAGGCGAAGUUUGAGACGCCAGAAAAGCUCGUCAAGGCGCCUGUGCGGACCAUCGACACAUUCAUUGUACCAGAUAGCGAAUCAAGCGUUUGUGUAUCAGCUGAGAAGGCGAAGUUUGAGUCACCGGAACAGCAAAUGCAACUUACCGGUCCUGUCGUGCGGACGAUCGAUACCUUCAUCGUACCAGAGAGCGAGGUUAGCGUCCAUGUGGCAGCCGAAAAGGCUAAACUCGAGGCGCUGGAAAAGCAGAAGCAGUGCGAGCUUGAGGCACAAGCGGCAAUCAAAAAGCAGAAACUUGAGAGGUCAAUGUUAUUGGCAUCGGAGAAGGCUAAAUUGGAAGAGGCCAGCCAGAUAAGCGAAGAGGUAAAGACUGUCGAAGACGUUGCGAUGGCCCAUGAAGCGGAGGAGGUCGAGGUGGUGGGAGAGACCAAGGUGGCUAAAACAACGAAAGUAACUACGGAGGCUGAGGCAGUCAAGGAGAUCGAGGCGAUAAAGGAGCCUGUGGUGGUAGAAACCGAGGCCGCUAAGGUAGCUGAGGUGGCCUUAGAGACUAAAUUGGUUCCCGAGACUACAGUAGCAAUGCAGAUCGUGGCGGCCAAGACUGAGGAGAUCAGAGAGAGAGAUGUGACUGCAGAUUCCACGAAUAACGAGGAAGCCGAAGUGGGAUGGGAGUUUGGAGUAGGCAAAAAUGAGGAGACUGAUGUGGUCGAGGCAACAGCGGUGGCGGAACAGACAGAAGUCGCUGCAGGGACUAAGAAGGCCAACGAGUCUGAAGAGAUUGACGAGUCGGAGGGAGCUACGAAAAGAACGGAUGAGGUUGAGGAGAAGACGGCCAAGGAGGUCAUGGAGAUGACGAUGGUCACCGAUGUGAAGGAGUCCGAGGUGAUCACUUCGAUCAAGGAGGCCAAUGUAACAAAGGAAGUAGUUGAGAUAGUGCAAGAGAACAAGGAAGCUGAGGUAGAUGAAGUAUUUGAGGAGAUCGAGGAAGUGACGGAGACGGAGGAAGUGUCGGACUGCGGGGUGGUGAAGACCGUUGAGGAGGUCCUCAACGAGACAACGAACGAGGAGCAAGAGAUGCACAAUUGGGCCAAUUUCUCCAUUCCAGCGGUGGAAGUCACGGUGGAGCGGCAGACGUUCGGUGAUAAUGUCUCUACAACGCAGCACGUACAUUGGUUGUCGCUACCCAUGAGUGUCAAUCCUGCUCUUGCUCGUCUUCACACCGUACUGAGGGACCACAAUCCGCUGACGGCUUAUGCGCUUUACCCGAGCAAUCCUCCGACCCCCACGUCCCGGAACAAAUGA